GUUUCUGGGCGGGGCUGAUAGGUGGACAUAUAAGAUGAGACCACCAGAAGUUCAGUUACCCAGUUUUUCUACUUCUAGUGAAGGCCUUCGAACUCAAUUGAGGAUUUCAUCUGUUUUCAUGCUGUUCAUUUUAACAAAUUUCUUUGAAUCUUGAAAGAAUGGGUUCUCAAGGAACCCACAAGAACAGACAUUACCUGCUGUGUCCCAUCUGUAAGAAGACCCAGGCCAUUCUGUCGGUCCAUCUACGCAGGGUUUGCAUGAAGAAAGCUACACCAAAGGCCAUCACAAGUGUGCUGGACAAGGCCAAGUCAGACGUCCUGGAGAUUCUGCAGUUUGGCAGGAUCUUUAGCUAUGACCACCUUCAUAGGAUUUUGAAUGAUCCUGAUUCACUCAGCCGGCUGAUCGAGGAACUGGAGCGACACCACAUGGUGGUGACACAUGAUCCCCCACUGCUGAUAAACACUGACAUCAAUAUCAGGCCUUCCACCAGAAUGACCAAACAACCACCGUUGACACAGGAGACAUCUGAGGAGGUCAGCAGUGAUGAGACCUCUCCAUGUAACACAGACACUAAUCCCAGGAUGCUCAUGGCAGAGAAAGGCCUUUACAAAAAGCACUCUCUGGACGAUUCACUGCUGAAGGACUUUGCCACACACCUGGAGAAAGACCUCCACAAUGAGAAUUUCAAACAAGAGGUUGAAAACGUGGCCAGGUUCCUGUAUUACAUGAACCCAAAGGAGCCAAGCCUUCUUUUCGUCAAGAACAGGCAAAAAACCAAACAGUACAUGCGUGAGCUCUCUGAUGCCAAGCUGACCAAAUCAACUCAGCUCAACUACCUCAAGAGCCUGAAAAGAUUUCUCACGUACCACACCAUGAACACCAACCUGGAGUAUGAAGAUGAGAGGCUGCAUGAUGACUGCAAAUUAUUCAUUAAAUACAUUGGGUCUUUGCAGAAGAGAUGCUCUGAUGAAGAGAUCACCAAAAAGAGGAAUGAGAUAUUGAUUCAGGAGAAUUCACUGACACCACAAGACUGCUGGGCUGUGUUGCUGAGAGCCAAGAAAGACUUUAUGGCAGUGAUGGAUAAGAUCUUUCCAAAGGUGAAGACCACACCAGAGUUGACAGAGUGUGCAUUUGUGGUGUAUUACCUUGAGGCACUGCUGAUCCUUAAAUAUCUCCAGCGACCAGGCGUGGUGGAGCACAUGACAGUGAAGGAGUGGAGAAAUAGACAGCGUGAUGAGUCUGGUAUCGUUGUGAGUGUUAAAGAGCACAAGAGAGCAUCUUAUUAUAAGAUGGCAUCAUUUGUCCUUACCCAGGAGGAGGAGUCGUGGUUUGACCUGUACUUUAAGCAUGUUAGGCCAAAACUCCUGAGCUUCAAGAAGGUUAAGAGGACACGGGAUCAUGUGGAAGCAGAAGACAGAUUUUUUGUCUCCACCUCAGGGAAGCCAAUCUACAAUGCUUCCAAUGACCUCAAACGUCUUCACUCCAAAUACCAACUGCAGUCUGUGACCAGCCAAAUGGCCCGAAAAGUCUUUGAGACUGCUGCUAAGACUUCAUGUGAGCAUAACAGUAUGAAAGGUACACUACAAAAGCUCAUCAGCAAGAUGGCCGGUGACUUAAGUGAUAGAGAUUAUAUCUUACCUACGGUCUGUGACAAAGAACGUGAUGCCGUUUGCGGGAGCAAUCCUCAGAUGGAAGUGCAGGCAGCAUACAACGCAUUGCUCCAAACACACCCGGUGACGCUGGACGGGCAAGUGCCAGAUAAGGAGGUGCGCAUGCUGAUGUCGCCUACAUUUCAUAGGCAGCUCUACGAACGUUGGCUGAAGGCACAAAUGAAACUGCGUGUGCAGCACGUCAUCUCACACUUUGGCCGACGCCUUCCUUCUGAGAACCGAGUCAGUUCCUGGAUCUUGAAGCAGGACUGGAAGAGUAACAUCCCCACCCCUGCUCGCAUCAUCAACGAAUGGAAACCGUCAGGGUUGGUGGAAACAGCGAUGGACCUCAAAAGCAUCCGGAGGCUCGUCCGCAGUCAGAAGUGGAAAGGACUCGCAAUCGCAGACAUUGAAGCGAAGGGCAAGGGUAUCAUUGUGACCCGCUUUUUCCAGGCUGGUGAGGUCGUUUGUGAUUACCAUGGACGGGUCGUCACAGCCAAAGAGGGACUGCAGAUCCACCAUAACACCAGUGAGGAGGAAACUGGCUUUAUGUUCUUCUACGAGAACAGCAAGGACCAGCACAUGUGCAUUGACGCGCAUUCAGCUUAUUGUGAGUGCCACCCGGACAAGGAGACUUUUGGCCGCCUUAUCAAUCACUCUAGGAAACGUGCCAACCUCCGGCCCAGGUCUUACACUGUGGAGUCUGAUGGGAAGGAAAGGGAUGUUAUUCUUUUCAUAGCAUCCAGGAACAUUGACGUGAGUGAAGAACUGCUUUUUGACUAUGGCAUGCAGAAGAAGUCUUUUAGAGGAGAGGGCUUAGACCUUUGUUGGUUGUGA